AUGACGCUCUCUGCACUCGUAUCCACCACCCUUGCUUUUGUCUCGACUACGGUGUCGACCGAGAGCGCGUUUGCGGCUGUCACAAAAAGCAGUCUAACCGACGAAGAAGUAUACGAUUUGCAAUCCGUCGCUGCGGAUGCCUACAACCGACAAGACUUUACGAAAGCCAAAGAGGCUUUGACGAAACUGAUUGAAAACGAACCAGAAUCGGCAUCCUGGUUGGAAGGCAGAGCGCAAGUUUUAGUGGACCAGAAACAGUUUAAAGAAGCGAUUAGUGAUUACUCGAGAUGUUUAGAGAUUAUUCCGACGAAGGAUUUAGGAGCAGAGGCGAGGUUGAGAGCGGGGAGAGCGCUUGCGGAGGAAGGAAUAUACCAAUGGGAACCGGCGUUGGUGGAUUAUAACCGAGCGCUGGAGCUGGCGACUACGGCAGGAUUCAGACCAGACCCGUACGUUUUGAACUCUCGAGGAAACGUGAGAGGUUCUUUGAAUGAUUGGAAAGGGGCGAAGGAGGAUUACGAAGGAGCUUUUGCCGCGUUUCAAUCCGCGAGCGGCUUCCGCAACGGGAGCUCGACAACGCAAAGAUUGGACGGUGCCAUCUACGCGCGAUCGAACGCGGCUUUGGCGACCGCGGAAUUAGGUGACGCAGAUUCAGCAAUCAAAGAACUCGAAGGUCUCGUUCGAAGAGCUCCGAAUUCCACGGAUGUUCGCGCUGCGCUCGCGGCGUUGUAUUGGGAACAAGGCAAAAGAGAAAGCGCCGAGGAUUUAUGGAACGACGCGUGUGGUUUAUACUUUGGGUGUGCGCAAUAUAAAGAUUUGGAUUUCGUGAGACGCAUUCGUCGUUGGCCACCUUCCAUGGUGAGUAGAUUAGAGAAUUUCUUGCAAGUACGUUAA